AGUGAAUUAUUUUCUAAGUGGUCCGAGGCGUUUGCUUCAGCAAGACACAAACUUCUUGCUAUUAAGCGGCAAGAAGGAAUUGAAGAAAUAAAACGAAAGGGAAUUAUUAUUGACAAAGAAGUAUCGCUUAAAACUUAUCUUGAGUUCUGUAAAGGGGAACCAUCCAUUUCUGUCAAACACCAUUUGAUCGAUGGAAAAAUUGAAGCCUAUGAAAUGCCUCUCGACCAUCAUGCAUCAGUACAAGGAAUGUUAACUGGCAUUAUGUUUAAUUGGAAUAAUCAGUUGCGGGUUAUUGGUGAAAUAGAUAUUAUUGUGGGUGCGAAUAGUGUCUAUCGACCUGAUAUUUGUGUUCGACCACUAAAUCGCCGACGACCUCAACUUGCACAGGCAAUCAAUUCAACGGGAAACCCAUAUCCAACUCUGGUGGUGGAAAUUGGAAGUACCGAAAGCUUAAAUCACUUGCAUGAUAAAGUAGCAAACUAUUUUUCUCAACGUACCACUAUUCAAAUUUAUAUAGCCAUCAAAUUAUUUCCUUCUCGUCGCGAUGGUACUUUUGCGCUUCUUGCAUUGCUUUAUCUGCGUAACAAUCCAAAUCCAACC